CACCAUUUUUUCAGCCAAUUACAUCAUGGCAUUUUGGUCUUUAGAGUGGUGCAAUGUAUAAGAAAUUGUUGGUUGAACUGUUAGCACUCUUGUUUGUAAAAAUGAUCGGAAUGUUACCAAUGAGUCAUUGACUAUGUUUAUAUAUUGUAAAAUUUGUUUGAGGAUCUGAAACAACACAAACUAUAAAUGUGAAAGAGUUAAAUCCUAAAGGCCAAAAGCUUUGAUAAGCAUAAAAUAUGUUGAAGUACUAGCAAUGCAGGAAGUAGUUUAGUCUUAAUUAGCAUUUCUGGUCAAGAUGGCGCCAGUGAGCAACGAUUCCAAGGGCAACAUCUUCCAAAUAGUAAAACAUUCCAAUUAUUUCACUCUUUCUACACCUUCUGCUUGUUCUUUUUGUCUUGCCUGUGUUAUGGAAACUGUUGGAGCCUGUGACGUAUAAUUUGGAACUUGAUCUCCUAUGUCUGGAGAGUUGUCUUGUGGAGCUCAGAGACAGAGGGCCGAAAAGCUCCGAGACCACAAGCCGACUCGUGGAAAAGACCAGAGAUGAGUUGCAGGGUCACGAAUGACUCCAUCCCAAAGCAGCGAGGAAGAUUGAAGCAUUGGGGUGAAUGCAGAGGGGAUCAGCAAUGGCUUGGCUCAAGACAGUCGGCAGCCAGAUCAGCGCGUUUGGACCCAGUUCGGCGUGUUUGGGCCUAGGGCAUUAUGGAGCAUUUCUACAAGAAGAAUGGGACUUGCUACACAAAAUGCUUUCUGAGGCACAUAAGAGAAUCUCUGUUCCUAUCACCUGCAAAAUUCGUGUCUUCCCAGAAGUCAGUAAAACUGUGCAAUAUGCAAAAAUGCUGGAGAAGGCAGGUUGUCAGCUGCUAACUGUUCAUGGUCGUACAAAGGAACAAAAGGGGCCCCUGACUGGAGUGGCUGAUUGGGAACACAUAAAAGCUGUGAGGAAAGAAGUGAACAUUCCAGUUUUUGCAAAUGGCAAUAUCCAGUACUUAAGUGAUGUGGAGCGAUGCUUCCGGGAAACUGAUGUACAAGGUGUAAUGAGUGCAGAGGGAAAUCUGCACAACCCAGCUCUGUUUGAAGGUCGAAAGCCACCUGUGUGGGAGAUGGCAGAAGAGUAUUUAGAGAUUGUCAGCCAGUACCCUUGUCCACUUUCGUUUGUCAGAGCCCAUCUCUUCAAACUCUGGCAUCACACGCUACAGGUUUACCAUGAAUUAAGAGAGGAAUUAGCAAAAGUGAAAACUCUGGAGGCCAUUAUAGAGGUCAACAAAGAACUUAAACGAAGGUGUCAGGAUGAAAUAUCUAACUUAAAGGAAGAAGAAACUGGAGAAAACCAUUUGCCUCUUCCUCACUGGAUUUGCCAACCGUAUGUCCGACCAGGACCCAAGGACAGUAAUUCCCAAAAUGGGGAACAACCUAAUGGUGGGAAAACCAGUGGGAAAAGAGCACUGGAAGAGGAGGAUGGGAAUCUUGAAUCCCUUUCAAAGAAUAAACAGAAAAAGAAAGCACGAAAUCCAAAAAAAAAUUUUGAUACCUCAGUGAAACCUAAGUAUGUGAAAUGUGAACAGUGUGGGAAUCCAAAGGGAACAAAAUGUAUUUUCAACUUGUGUCGUGGCUGUUGUAAGAAGAAAGCGUUCAAAGAAAUGGCUGACUGUGCAGGACAUGGAUUACUCUUCAAAACUAAACAUGAGAAGAGAUUGAAAUGGAAACUAAUGGAAGAGGGAAUACUGGAAAAUGGAGACAGAAUUCAUGAACAUUUGGGUUCCUGAAGAAAUUGUCCAUCCCAUUAAAUUUUAAUGGAUAUUUGGUUUGUUGCGCACACGCACACUUAAAUGUAUUUAUGCACAGGGCUCAAGGUUAAGUUUUCUUUUACCAUUCAAGUAUUAAUUUUGAACUAUGCUAAGAAGCAUUCCGGUCAACUAACUGUAUUAAUCUUGUGAUAUUUGCACAGUAUUCCCAUGUCCCAUUUGACUUUUAAUUUUGGUUUCCCGGUUCCCUCUCUGAUUUUAAUACUUAGCUGUCAAGCAAAUGAAAGAGAACAUUUGUCAGUAUCCAUUGAAGCCAUCAACAAAAUUAUGCCUUCAGUAAUUAUUUUAAAUGCCUAUCAUUCUUUUGUCCUUAGAGAGUAACAAUCCAAAGGGAAAGUUAAAUAAUCCAUAGCUAAUAAAAUGGUCUCCAAUCUGCUAACUUACCAUGAAUUUCCAGAACCGCAGAUAUCUACCAGAUGUCAGCUAAUCAUUCUUAAUCUUUUAAAGACAUUUACAGGAAGGAAGCUUCCAGUGUAUAAAUUUUAUCUAUGGUAGUUUGCAAAAGAUGCUUAAUUGGUCCAAGAUAUUUUAAAGUAAGUAGAACAUUUUAAUAUUAUCUUACAUGACACUGCCCAAGGAGUUCAUCAGCUUUGUGCACUGGUUUUGGAAAUUGUUGUGACCUCUGCUAUACUGAACACUUGAGACCCACUGUGCAAGGCUUGCUAAUUCAAGAAAAACUUCCAAGAAUGCAAACAAAAGUCUGAUGGAAAUGUAUGCUUGAAGGUACUCUGUUUUUGUCUUUCACUGUUGUAAUGUGAUGCCCAUUGGGCAUUGCCAUUGACAAUAAUUGAGCAAAUAUUUUAUGACUGAGCUUCACAGAUGAAAUUCUUUUUCUUAAAAUUGUGUGGUAUCAAAGGAAUGUAUUUGCUUUCUUAAAAUAAACGCAUUGUAUUAAAUUAAGUUAUUGCAAUGGAAAAGAAAAUAAAUUGCUAAAAGCAACUACAAUGUAUUUCAUAGGUGGUAGUUGGCUGAACAUAUAAAUCUCAGAAAUAACAAUCUAUGUGAUGAUAAUAGAUGCAUCAAUUUACCUUUUAAGGCUUUUUAUUCUGAUUUUUUAUUUUUAUUGCAAAACAUUUGAUUCAUGACUGUAUAGUGUGGCUGGUUAUAGGAUAAACAUGAGCAGAGGUUCUCUGUGCUUGAAAUGACUUCUGUGUAAUACAAUUUAAUGCAUGCAGGUCAAAUGUUCUUGCCUGAGUUUUCUUCAUAAUCCUUUUGACCCUGAAGCUUCGAGUGCAUCAUCAUUAUUAUGGAGGGAUAAAGAAGAAUCUUGUGGUUUCACUGCAUUCAUGUUAUUAUAGGCACUCUGAUCGCUAGCCAUAAUUCACACAAGGAUCUGCAAUGAUUUGUUUCUUGCCAUUAAAAUAACUAGCAACGUAAAAAUCUACUGCUAUUCAAGGUACAAACAUGAGCUCACAGUAUCCUAGAGGGUGAGAUUGAUCAAUAGUAAUGUUAAAUGGGCUGUUAGUAAAUUAAGAGAGGACUGGAUUGAACCUCUACAAGCUUCCUCAUUUGUGUCCAGCACAUUUGGCCUUGCGUACCCUCAAAAUGCAUAGAGUCUUUACUAUUCCUUGUCCUUUGAAUCUGGGUAAAUACAUUUGAGCAUGAAGCCUUUGAGGAAUAUUCAGAGAUUUUAUUAAGACUGGAUGUCAAGUUUUAUUUUUGCAUAGGCAUUCACUUACAGCUGAAAUAAGGAAAGCAUCAUUUGCUGAAUUAAGGAAUUUCUAAAAUCAAGUUUUAAACAAUAUUUUCAGUGCAUGGUUUAAAGGAAACAUUUUGUUAGAUUGGCAGAACUGUUUAAUGGUAAAUUUGUAAAAUUGGUGACUGUUAAUAUUUUCUUUGAAAUUAUUUAAUAAAAUUUCAAUUUUAU